UAAUAACAAAAGUGAUAAUGAUGAUACUUAUGAAUUUUUAGAAGAGCCUACAUCUUUUGAAUUCCCAGAAGAAUUUACAUCCUUUAAUUCGAAUUAUAAGGCCAGCAAUAAUGUAUCUGUUAGUUCUAGUAGUGCGGCACCUCUUUCAGAAGAACAACCUUCUAGCACAAAAAGAGAAAAUUAA